UUUCAAGUGCGGUUAAUAUCAGACUGUCAGAGUAUGAACCACAACUUCAGUUCACAACUUCACAUAAGAAGGAAAAAUUGGAAAGUAUCAAUAGCUUAAGAUGAACUAGUUUCUUGAUGAGCUAACAAUUGUAAUCCUUAAAUGGGUUAUCAUAUUCAUCCAUAUAUGUAAAUUUACCCUCCCUGCAUACCGUGCCCAGAAAAUUGAACACAUAAGCUGUCAAUGGUAGUCAAACGCGUUGCAGGGAAUAAAACAGCAACUUUAGUUGAUAAAUAAAUUAUAGGCAGGAAAUCUUUGUUCUGGAGACCUAGAAACGCUUGGAAGCAUCAGCAUCGGAGGAAUAUAGCAGUGUCAUUUCAAGUAUGAGAUCCUGCUUGUUCCAUCAAUAUUUCGGCUCAUUAUUUAACCGUAUGGCGUCAAUUCAUCAUGGACAAUGAUAGUCCCUGAAAGUUGAUCCAAGUAUGUGUUUAUACAAUAUCUGAUUCAUUUUUUCAUUCUCAGAACUAAUUCAUCUUAUCCUUCCAUGUUAGUUGAUCGAUCCAUUGCCGGAAUAGUGGUUCCGAAUCAAACUGAUAAACACCCUGAAGGCAGUACAGUGGAAAGAUUAAGGUGCCUAUUAUUUUCAUAGGACACUUUACUGUGUGUGAUCUUUUCAUAGUACUUGAACAAUGGGAAUGGAAGUUCAGUAGGUGGAUACGAACUGGCAGAUACUCAACAGGGACAGGGAGGCUAGUAUUUUUAGUGCCUAUCAGGUCAUUGUGUUAGCUGGUUCGCCCACAUCAAAAUCUAGUGCGUCCUAAUUUUAUGCGCCCCGCGGCAGGUUUGCACACAGUAGAAAUGGUAGUGGUGGGGUUUCUGGCCAUGAAUGAACUUUUGAGGUUUACAUGCAUGCCACUUGGAGUUCGAAUCAUCAGGGGAUCUCUCAUUAUUAGCUGGGGGCUGCAUCUUGAAGAAUACCUAUGUUGGAACAGCACAGCGGCUGGAAAAAGACACACCCUUUUCCCUUUAACGCCGAGUGAGAGUUUGCAGUGACCGGCCGCAGCGGACCAGAUCAGUGAUGCUUUUUCUGAAUCGUUUUUGAUUUUUUGGUCGAUUAAAGUUGCCUUUCGGAACCAGCCAUGGCACGACACGUACGCACGCACGGCGCACAGGCACUUCCUUCUGUCAGAUCUCUGCCUAACAUAUUGCUGUCAAAAAUAUUCAGUGCAUGACAGGACCAGGGUGAAAAUCCUGUUUGCUGGGAAAGUUGGAACACCAUAACUGUUGGCUGGCAAGCCUUUUCUGGUUACUAGAUUUGCAAAAAGGCCUCCUAGCUGCUUGCCAGUGCCCACCGACCAUGGACAUGGAGGCACACACCCUGAGUGGUGGGCGUCGAGCCUCCCUUUUCCACCUGGGUUUCACCACUCUAUGAUUCCUAGCCCCCGCCAUUGGCCAUAUUCGAAACUGCCAAGCGAGUGCUUUGAAUUUCCAUGCCAUCUCCACUCGAACUGAAUUACCGUGAAGUGGUGUUGUAGCAGCCUUAGAAGUAAUAGUACCGACACUUUGAGCUAACAGGGAAAAAAAGAUGAAAUUUAUAGGGCAAUUUAUGCUGGAUCCUAAUAUUUGACCUUAGCUUAUAAUUAAGCUUAUGCUGCCAUCUAGAACUCAUGCUGCCAUGCAGUACGGGUAUUUUGGAAGACAUCUGGUACAAUAUUCUUUCGGUAAUGAAAACGAUGGAGAUAUCAUAAUGCACUGAUUUGUUGUUGCCCAGAAGUGGACGCAUGAUGUGUGGCAGGUCAGGUCUGCUGGAGAAGAACUAAGUGGAGAAGAACUGUAUGCUGAAGCUGAACUGGUGGCAAGGGUGGCUGAACUGUAUGCUGAAGUUGAACUGGUGACGGAUAAUGCACUUUACGCCCACGCACCACGAGGCGGCCACUCUCGGCGGCCACUCUCCUUCAUCCCAGAGCAAUGUGCCGCUGUGUGAUGUUUUGUGCUCCCUCCAUCCCAAAAUAAAUGUCGUGGUUUUACUUCAAAUUUGUUCGAUUUAAACUAAAACAACGACACUGAUUUUGGGACGGAGGGAGUAAAUCGUUGCUUAGAGCUUUUUGUUUCUGUUUUUGUUUUGUCUGAUGAUGCACCUUAGUUUGCGGGAUUUCUUGUUCAUAUGUUUAUCAGCUUUAAUUUUAAAUAACUUCAGUAUGUAAUGAACUCUUUUGUUGCAAGAUGAUUUGGUGGCUUCCAGUGCCUGACUUGGUGUUAAAAUUUUGUGCAUAUGCGCAUGCAUCUCCAGUCUUGGGAUCCUUGAGGGUGCUCCAAGGGAAGGGCAACAUUUAUGGAGACUGGAUACUGAGAGGAUCACUUUCUAUGUGAUGGCAUAUAAUGAUACUUAUUGCGCGCUUGCUUAUUCUUUAGGCGUCCGAAAAACAUUCAGGCGCCAGUGAAUCCGCGGAGCCUCCGAGGGUGAGACGGGGAUGCGGCGCCGAAGAGUAGCGGGAGCCGACAGUUCAUCCGGCGUCGAAGGGUGAGUCUACGGGCAGACGCGGGAGGAGGAAGAACAUGACUCUGGCCUGUGGGAUGUUGAUCGGACGGUUGAGGGAAAUUUGAUUGAACUGGUUUCUUUUUCAGACGACUUUAGUGCUCCCUCUGUCUCAAAAUGUAAGACGUAUCAACGUAAGGGCAGUCUAACAUGCCCCCCUUGUGCGAACCCGCUCCGGCGACCACAGCCACCCACCUGCAUCCGUUCGCUCCGGCGGCCGCAGCCAUCAAAAUCCAGGCAGUGUCGGUCCAGGUGGACCCCGCCUCCACUCCCUCCCUGCGGCGCCCUCCCGGGUUCCCCACGCCCCCUCCCCCUCCGCCGCGGGAUCCAGCGUGGGAUCCAGAUCUGUCACCGCGUCGGGUGCUCCGCUCGGGCUCAUCGGUCAUCCCGGAGUCGCCUGAGCACGGGGCCGUGGCUAUGGGCGGAGCGCGGGGCGUCUCGGGGCCCAAGCGCGUGAGCUUCGAGAUCUCCUCCAGCCGCAUUGAUGCGGGCCGGGGAUGUGCAACUGCGCCACCAUUCAAUGAAGCUUCUGAUGCGUAUCCGUCUGCUGGGUGCAUUCAUGCUGCUGAUCCUCGGCCAGCUGCGCCCGCGCCUGUGCAGUCAUGGGCAUCCCUCGCCGGUCGCCCUUCCAACUCCUAUUCAGACAACAACGCACACCAGUGGCAGGUGGUGUGCCUGGCGCAUUGGUGGCGCCAUCAAGGCGUCUGUGGUCAGAGGGGGCAGCCGCGCCGUGCGGCCGUCUCGUCAUCUGGCGCCGGGAAUCGAGCGACUUCAUGGAGAGACAGAAGGGCGGUGAAGCCUCAUAAACGCAAGUGCCAUCGCUGCAAGCAACGCGGGCAUAUAUCCGUGGACUGCAGGGAUCCCAUCGUCUGCGACUAUUGCAACAGGCAAGGCCACCGGCUCCGAGAGUGUUCCACCAGGCUGCAGCAGCUUCGCGCUCGACGCGCUCCCACCGUGCCCUUUCCACCUCGCCCGCGCCCCCUGGUGCCGGCUGCCAUGCCACGACUGGGUGAGCCGGCCUCGCGUCCCGCGGAGGGGUUUGUCGUCAUGGCGUCCACGCCAGACAUGGACGCGCAGGCGGCGGCGCUCGCCAACGUUGCUGCUCUGGUCUGGCUCGGCGGCAACCGCCCGCGGAUCAACGUGGCCACCAUGGAGGAGGCGAUCCACCGCUACACCAGGGUGCCAAAGGCGGACAUCACGGUCGUCCCCCACCACCCGGAGGAUUUUUUCGUCAAGUUCACCUUCCCGCAUCACCGGGAUUUGCUGACGGCGGCACCAGGCAAGUUCUCUCAUGGGGACCUUGACAUCCAUGCGGCCAACUGGAGGUCGCUGACCAGGGCGGAUGCUGCGUCCUUCCACCACCAUGUCCACUUGUGCCUUGAGGAGGUGCCGUUGCAGGCAUGGUCGGAGGAGGCGGUCGGCAAGAUCAUCGGCAGCUCGUGCAUCCUCCACUACUUCGACAUUGCCACACUGCAGAAGGUGGACGCGACCACUUUGGACCUCCGGGCAUGGUGCGUCAACCCCUCCACUAUCCCCAAGGUCAUGUGGGUGACCAUCGUCGGCAGCGAGGUCGUUGUGUCUACAUCGGCCAUGGGCGGGCGCAAGGGGCUCACCUACAGGGUCAUAGUCCAUCUGGACAGGCUAGAAGACUUCACCCCGUACGAGGACGGGUCCAUCCCGUCGAGGCCACGCAACUCCGACCGCUAUGACUGGGUGCACGGAAUCGUCGACGGCGAGGCCGCGCUGCGCGACCGUGGGCGUCGGCCGCCCAGCAAUGGAGGUGGUGGUCGGCGGCGUGAUGAUGAUGGCAGAGACCGCCGCGGCGACGAGGACCGGAGCCGAGAGGAAGAUCGCCGCGGGCGCCGAGACGACCGUCCUGCCUCCUGGCGUGAUCGAUUCUUUCGUAGCCGGUCGCAGGCUGCGGAUAGGCGGGCGGAGGAUGGGCGCCGCGAGGACCGGCGGGACUACCGCCGCGAUGGGCGUCGGCAUGAGGAGGGCGGCCGAAGGAUCGACCUGUCCAAGGUGCAGCUGUUGCCCGGAGGUGCAGUCAUCCCUGCCUUGGGACGCCGUCGUCGGGCCAUGUCACCAGUCUCCACAAGACGUUGUAGUUCCAGAACCGUGGCGAGGACACCUGACAAGCGCCGCUCACCUGUUGCUGCCCUCGCCUGGCGCCUUAAGAGGGCGGUUGCGGGAUGCCUGGGUGUCCACUCCACGGCCGUGGUCACCCCGUCGUCGUCUACCGUCGGCGCUCCCGGCUACGCCGUCCAGGACUACUUCGGUUGGGGCACGAGCUGCUGCUGAACCGGAGG